AUGCCACCGCCCACAUACUCUCUAUUUACGCAAUACACGAUUCCCGCCCGUUCCUCCGCGGCCGUCCCAGUCUCACGUUCUCAGAAGCUCUCCGUGAUAAACACGCAUGGCACACAAGUGAUCGACUUCUGGGCCUUUACUCUUCCCUCUACAACUCCCAGUGAUAGGAACGACACGUCUUCCUCUCCUUCCACGCUCACAACCUACCUCUCCAUGUCACACACACGGGCAUCAACACUGCAUCUAUCUCCACUCGUCGACGACACACUCGUCACGGACCGUCGAGAACCAAUGCUGAAACUGAUCGGCGACACGACGCCGGGCCUUCACGACACGUUAAUCCCGGCAUGCGACAUCACGCGGUACCGCCAGCUCGGAGUGCCCGAAGGCGAAUACCACGCCAACUGCACGGACAACCUCUUCGCGGCUCUGUCACGGGACACGACGUACACGUUCCCGCGUGACACGGCGCCAGACCCGUUGAACCUGUUCAUGAAUAUACCUGUAGUGCCGCUUACGCCAGGUACAGCGCGGGCGGCGAACAAUUUGACGGCGGGCGCGGAGAUACAGUUUCAAAACCCGAUAUGCGAAAAGGGUGCGAAAGUCGUCUUUGAGGCCCUGGUAGACUGUGUGGUGGUGAUGAGUGCGUGUCCGCAGGAUUUGGUGCGUGUGAAUAAUAUGAUGCCGACGGAGGCGCAUUUUGUUGUCGAGGCAUGA